CCUCACCCAUCCUCACCCACAUCAUAUCAUCAGUCGUUAUUACCAUUUCCUCUCUCAGUUUGACCUAACACUCAUUGAUUCGCUAUCAUAUAUUCUAAAAUGGAAACCACUACAGAAACCGUCCGUUCAUUGAAGCGCAAGCGAAGCGAAAGGAAAAAUCAAGAAUUUUUUCUCGACGCAUCCGUGCGUAAAAUUGAAGACUAUGCAGAGCGAAUUGAUCGAAAGGCUGCCCCCACAACUUCGGAUAAGAACCGUUUGAUUUCAGAUGUGAAGUUGGUCAAAGGAGAAAGACUGUCCUUGAAGAAAAGAACGAAAGACAAACAGAGGCUCUACAGAGACUUUUUAGUUAAGUGCAUCAGAUGCACUGAACUCGGUCCUAACGUUAUGGUUCUCUGUUCGCUCGCCCUAGGUUUGACUGGAAUCUAUGGUCUAAACCAACUAGGCAUGGAAGGAUUCUUUCAGAGGUUGGUUUCCAGGGGAAGCUGGGAAUCGCCGGCAGUGACGGAAAUAGCGAGAUCUUACGAUGUCCCUGAUGCUACAUUUCCUGGACUAGGCAGCGAGCCCCUGGCAGACCUGGAUUUUGAAUGCAUGGGAGUGCGAUAUUCCGAAACCUUUCCCCUUGAUUCUGCUAUAUCAAAGUUCUUACCGGUGGAGAUAUCACCAGCAGUGCUACCGAUUGACCAGGUAUCGGCGACAUUCAACGUCAAGUUGGAUAUGCCCUUCCAACCCACCUCCAGUGCCUCUCUGACUUUGAGGUUCGAGAUAGAUAGGGAACUAGCUUGGCAAAUUGUACCUUUCUACCAGCCAGACUCGGCGGUCAUAGCCUCCGAAGGAGCGCAGACCCAAUGAAAACCUCAACAUAAGACCCAGCUACUGCAGCGGCAGUAUCAUCCAUAUUCAAUUUGAUGCUUCGUUGACGAGUUGCAUCACGAUAAAUGAUUUGCACGAUGCCGUUGGAGGUGAUUUGAACAUCUGAUUCCAUCAAAUGACGUCCAGGCCCGAGCUUUUCGACUUCACGGCUCAAAUGGUC